CGCGUGAAGGUCCGUCUCGACGUCGAGCGAGCGAGUCGGGUGGCAGACGACGGCCGGACGUCCCUCUGAACGCACCUCGCUUCUCUCCUCUCAGCUCACAAAGCCUUCGCCAUGGCCUCCCCAAGGAAAUUUUUCGUCGGUGGAAACUGGAAGAUGAACGGCGACAAGGCCGCCAUCGAUGGAAUCAUCUCCUUCAUGAAGACAGGGCCACUGAGCCCCAACACCGAGGUUGUUGUGGGCUGUCCUCAGUGCUACCUGAUGUACACCAGGGAACACAUGCCAGCAAACAUUGGUGUUGCAGCCCAGAACUGCUACAAGGUGGCCAAAGGUGCCUUCACUGGGGAGAUUUCUCCUGCCAUGGUGAAGGACUGUGGGUGUGAGUGGGUGAUCCUCGGCCACUCUGAGCGCAGGAAUGUCUUCAAUGAGCCAGAUCAGCUCAUCAGCGAGAAGGUCGGACAUGCUCUUGAAGCCGGUCUUAAGGUUAUCCCAUGUAUUGGAGAGAAGCUUGAGGAGCGUGAGGCUAACCGCACCCAAGAGGUAGUGUUUGCACAGAUGAAGGCUCUCGUCCCCAACAUCUCUGACUGGUCACGUGUUGUCUUGGCUUAUGAACCAGUCUGGGCCAUUGGAACUGGCAAGACAGCCACCCCAGAACAGGCACAAGAGGUCCACGCAGACCUGAGGCAGUGGCUGCGGGAAAAUGUGAAUGCUGAAGUUGCAGAGUCCACACGCAUCAUCUAUGGUGGCUCUGUCAGUGCUGGCAACUGCCAGGAGUUGGCCAAGAAGGGUGAUAUUGAUGGAUUCCUUGUGGGCGGAGCAUCACUCAAGCCAGACUUUGUUCAGAUUAUUAAUGCUAGGGAUUAAGUUUUUUUUAAUGAGUCAAAGCCAGCCACUUUCUUGGCUGCUUGUUGCAUUGCUUUUGUAGAAGCAAGUAAAGUCUCUCUUUGGGCAGAUGCUUGAACUUGGGUAAUUGUAUAAAAGGAAAAAAAUGUGCCCAGGAUUGGAAAAUUUCAGGGAGGACAAAAGCUCAGCUGAACUUUCCAGAUGGUAUGACCAAUAUUGAUUUCUUUUUUUUCUUAAGAAUGCUAUAUUUACCGUCUUGUUAUGUUACUGUUCGGUGGCUUUCUUCAGUAUUCCUAUUGUUGAAAUAUGUUAUAUUCUAUGAAAAGAAAGCAAGAAAGGGAGGAAGUAAAUGUAAUAAUUUAAAACAAAUAAAUUAAAAGUUAUAUGA